AAAGUAUCAUAUACUUCAUCGGGAUCACAUUAUGAUAAUCACAAUAUAAUACCCAAUGGUAUUGAUCUGAAGAGAGCCGAGUCAACACCACAUAUAAGUCCUAAUACUUUGAGUCAGACAUCAAUCGAAAAAACUAAAAAUAAUUUAGAUUUAUUAAAUCAGGUGGUUGAACUAACUUCUUUAAGAAGAGAGUUGAAGGUGGCAAUAAAUGGACAUUCUAACCAAGCUGAAGAAUUAUUGUUAAAAAAAUCAAUAAUAUCACCGCAGCCCGAGCCUAGUGGAUUAGACAUUCUGAGUCAGGUAGCUCAGGAUAUGCUUGGACGACGUAUUAAAUUUAAUAAUUAUUAUUUGUGGGACGAUUUUAAACGUACCGAUGGUCACAUUUUAAUUAAUUUUUAUCUAUCAGGUGAUGAAUCUAUUUUCAACCAAGUUCAAGAAAUUGUAGAAUCGUCAGACUUUUCAAAAGAAUCAAAGGCACAUUUUGUACUAUCAAUUCAAAAAUAUGCUUUAGCGUCUUCCAAGAAGAAUUUGUCGAAAAAGUUACAACCUAUUGUUGAUAAUUUACAAUCUAUUUUAACGAAACGAAUAAAUUCCCGCCUUACACAACAAUUAAACUUCGUUGCUCCAAGACAAAAAUAG